AUGGCUUGGGGGCCGGCCGCUAGCAGCGCCGCAGCCCGGGCUCCUGGGCCGGCAUGAGGACGGCCGCGGGGGGACGAGUGCGGCCCGUGGGGCCGUAGCCUGCGUUGCGCCGAUGACAAAGAAGCCAUGCAGUGACACCUGUUAAGACUUGUUGGUAGCCAUGUCGGAGCCCCACAGGGUCCAGUUCACCUCUCUCCCAGGUUCUUUGAAUCCUGCAUUUUUGAAGAAAUCCCGGAAAGAGGAGGUUGGGGGAGCAGAACAGCAUCAGGACUCUGAGCCGGCUGCAGCAGCUGUUCGGAUCACGCUUACCCUCUUUGAGCCAGAUCACAAGCGCUGCCCAGAGUUCUUCUACCCAGAGCUGGUGAAGAACUUACGAGGGAAGGUGAAAGGACCUCAGCCUGCAGACAAGAAGAAAGAUCUCUCGGAUCCUUUCAAUGAUGAAGAAAAGGAAAAGCAUAAAGUGGAGGCCCUUGCCCGGAAAUUUGAAGAAAAAUAUGGUGGAAAGAAACGUAGAAAAGACCGAAUACAGGACUUGAUUGAUAUGGGUUAUGGUUAUGAUGAAUCUGAUUCCUUCAUCGAUAACUCUGAGGCGUAUGAUGAGCUUGUUCCUGCUUCUUUGACUACAAAGUAUGGAGGAUUUUACAUUAACUCGGGAACGCUGCAGUUUAGACAAGCAUCAGAAUCUGAGGAUGACUUCAUUAAAGAAAAGAAGAAAAAAUCUCCAAAGAAGCGGAAGUUGAAGGAAGGUGGUGAGAAGAUAAAGAAGAAGAAAAAAGAUGACACUUAUGACAAGGAGAAGAAAUCGAAAAAGUCCAAGUUUUCCAAAGCCGGCUUCACAGCCCUCAAUGCCAGUAAGGAGAAGAAGAAAAAGAAGUAUUCUGGGGCUUUGAGUGUUAAAGAGAUGCUGAAGAAAUUUCAGAAGGAGAAAGAGGCUCAGAGAAAGAGGGACGAAGAGCAUAAGCCCGUAGCAGUCUCGUCAGUGGAAGCUCAGGGCCUGCGGGAAUUGGAGGGCGCCUCUGACCCUUUGCUCUCGCUCUUCGGCUCCACUUCUGACAACGACUUGCUGCAGGCAGCCACCGCCAUGGACUCGCUGACUGAUUUGGACUUGGAGCAGCUGCUCAGUGAGUCUCCAGAAGGAAGCCCCUUCCGCGAUAUGGAUGAUGAAAGCGAUUCCCUUGGGGUGGGACUGGACCAGGAAUUCAGGCAGCCCUCUUCCCUUCCCGAAGGCCUGCCUGCACCCCUGGAGAAGCGCAUUAAGGAGCUGGCUCAGGCUGCCAGAGCUGCUGAGGGAGAGAGCAGACAGAAGUUCUUCACCCAGGAUAUUAAUGGCAUCCUCUUAGACAUAGAGGCGCAGACCCGGGAGCUGAGCAGCCAGACCCGUUCCGGGGUAUAUGCCUACCUUGCUUCCUUCCUGCCCUGCAGCAAAGACACCUUGGUCAAGCGCGCACGAAAACUUCACCUCUGUGAACAGGGGGGGCGUCUGAAGGAACCUCUCCAGAAGCUUAAGGAAGCCAUUGGCAGGGCAAUGCCAGAACAGAUGGCCAAGUACCAGGAUGAAUGCCAGGCACACACGCAAGCCAAGGUUGCUAAGAUGCUGGAAGAGGAGAAGGACAAGGAGCAGAGAGAACGGGUUUGUUCUGAUGAGGAAGAAGAUGAAGAAAAGGGGGGCAGGAGGAUAAUGGGACCCCGGAAGAAAUUCCAGUGGAAUGAUGAAAUCAGGGAGCUACUCUGUCAGGUGGUGAAGAUCAAACUGGAGAGCUAUGACCUGGAGAGGAACAAGGCCCAAUCCUGGGAGGACUACGUGAAGGCAUUUCUGGAUGCUGAGGUCAAACCUCUCUGGCCCAAAGGCUGGAUGCAGGCCAGGACUCUGUUUAAGGAGAGCAGACGAGGCCAUGGGCACCUGACGUCAAUCCUGGCCAAGAAGAAAGUAAUGGCCUCUUCCAAAAUGAAGGUGAAGGAAUCAUCGAUUAAGCCUGAUAAAAAGGUUUCCAUCCCAUCAGGCCAGAUUGGCAGCCCCCUUGCUUUGCCUUCAGAACACCUGGGAGGAGGCUUGAGCAUUGGGGCUGCAAACAGGGAGCUCUCAUCCCAGGCAUCUGGCAGCCUUGCUAAUCCUGCUCCUAUCAACGUGGAGGACUCGUUGGAUGGAGACUUGAUCCGUAAUUCGGCCUCCUCGUUGGAGGCUGUGUCCAAGGAACUGGCUGCACUGAACAGCAGAGCCAGCGGGAGCUCUGAGUUCACACUGCCUGCACCUUCAAAAGUGCCUGCAGAGAAAGUCGCAGGUGUUUUAUGUACGGAAGAAAAAAGGAACUUUCCGAAGCCCAGCCCUUCUUCUGCCCCACCACCCUCUAGCUCUCUGCAGUCACCCCUCAAUUUUCUGGCUGAACAGGCUCUGGCACUGGGGCAGUCCUCUCAGGAGAAAAAACCAGAGAGUUCUGGCUACAAAGAACUGUCCUGUCAGGCUACCCUCAGCAAGGGCCUGCCAGAAGUGCAGCAGUCCAAAGCAAAGCACCACAGUUUGCCACGGACGUCUCACGCACCCCAGGCAGGAGCUCCUGUGCCCAGCCCCCAGGUCAAAGUCUUUCAUGCAGGCACUCAACAGCAGAAGAGCUUCACACCCCCAGCUCCGUUUGUCAAUAAGCUUCAGGGCCCAAAGCCUGCCUCCCCUCAGUGUCACCGUUCCCUCCUCCAGCUCGUCAAGACAGCUACCAAAAGCCAGAGCUUCCAUCCUUCCACGCCAGUGUCUUCAGGAGGCACACCACCCUCCAGCAGCAGCUCUCAUAAGACCCCAGCCUUGUCCUCCACUCCCCUGAGCCAUCCAGCAAAACAGCACUCAGCCAGCUCUUCAGGGCCGUCUUAUAAGAACAGUCCCUUUGCCGGCUCUAUCUCCAAGCACGGGGUUUCUUCUGGCAGCUCUUCCUCUGGAGGAGCGCCAGUCCAGAGUUCUGCUUCUGGGAACCUGCUCCCUGCUGUGCAGCCUCCCUCCACAGGACAGUCUGCCAGCCGACCCAUCCCAGGCUCUGCAGUGAAAAAACCACCUAUUUCCCAGAAGUUGACCCUGGUGGCACCUCCAGGUGGUCCAAAUGGAGAUUCUAGUGGGGGGACCCAGGGAGUGGCCAAGUUACUGACCUCCUCCCUGAAGCCCAGUGCGGUGAGCAGCGUGACAUCGUCUACCUCCUUGCCAAAAGGAACGAGUGGGGCUGUGCUGCUGACCAGCUCCUCACCCUUAAAUCUACUGUCUUCAUCCUACAAGGCAGGCAGCGCAAAGCUGCCUGGGGCCUUGAACUCGAACUCUUUGGGGAUUAUCUCCCAGCUCCCCCUCCACGUAAUCUCCUUUAGUGCUGACUCCUCCGCUAAAGCAGGGGUCUCCAAGGAUGCCAUCGUCACAGGCCCUGCCCCUGGGACGUUCCACCAUGGCCUCGGCCACAGUCUCCUGGCUGGCUUGCACUCCAGCCCGCCCCGUGCAGCGCCUCUCCCACACGCUGCUGUGUCUACCCACAUCCCGCAGAGUCUGCCAGAUGCUUCUCAGCUUCAUGGGAAAGGGCCCAGCGUACCACGGAAGUUGUGACUUUCAAGGGAAAAGCUGGAAGCUGAACGAGUAGGUCUCGGAAAUCGGAUAAUAACUAUGCUCUUUCUGCCAUUGAUUUUCUUCUGGAGAAGGCAUGAGUGCUAAGUGGAGUGUCUCUUGGCACGUGUGAUGUGCCUUCAGUUAGGGGAGCAGCCCCGUGCUUCUCUGGAGGCCCUGACCAGCCUGGUACUCCAGGCCUCUCGCUCUGUUGUAGACAAUCGUCAGAGGGGCAGCGCUAGGCAGGGGAGCGUGCCGGGUCGUGUUCAGAGCUCUGGUGGCGGGGCAGAGCAGGUGGUGCACCUGUGCUUCACAUCUGCCUGACCCCCUCACAUUUGGUCAGAGUACCUCAUGGCACCCUAUUGGUCGGGGCUCCUUCUGGCCACAGUGGGCUCCCUGGAUGGUCACAGUGUCCGUCCAUCCUCAGGCUGUGUGCUCAACAGGACAAACCUAGCUAACAUUGCAGCUGGGAGAUGUACCUUGUUCUUGGAGAAAUACACCCAAUGUGUGCUCAUCGUGGGGGCCCGUCUCUCCACUGAACGUGACAAUGAAGCUCUUUUAGAGAAAAGACCUUUGUAGAUUCAACAAUUGUGGUAGAAUUUUUAAAGACACUUAUUUUUGGCUCAGUUUUCAUCCUUACCAUUAAAUGCAUUGGAUAGAAUGGGACUAUUCUUCGCAAGUCAUGUUGUUCCUAGGAAGACAUAAUUCCAGUGCCUUUAUGGUGGAGCAGAAUUAGACACACAUCCAUUCAGCCCUCUGAGUGGAUCUCAGAUGAAGACCUUUUUUAAAGAUAUGUCUGUAUUUAAGACAUAGCCAGUUUGAGUUUUUUAUGGUUGCACAUAAUCUGUGCUGUCCUGACUUGAAGGUCAUCUGGGCCCACAAAUCCCAGGUCCCAGUUCAGCCAGGCACCCCACUUUGUUUUUCCAGAGUUCAUACAGGUGGACUGCAGAGCCCCAGAGCCCUUCUUCAUCUCUUUGAGGGCCAAGGAUAUGAGGGGUUCCAAGUCACAGGUAGACAUUCCAGUUUAUUUAAAAAACAUUCUCAGGCAGAGCUGCAGGAACAGGCCUCUGAAGCAUCUGCCGUGUAGAAACAGGCCUGGAGGUCCUGGCUCUCCAGGCAGCAGGGCUAUGCAUUGACUUCAGGGUGACAUGCUGACGAGCUUGGAGAGCACGUCAGACAGAUUGGGACAAUUACCCCGGAGCUCAAGUCAUCCCACUCACCCAGUGGCUGCUUCACAAAGAUUUUUUAUGGCACUUGCCUGUCCUGUGAAGUCUGAACUGACUGCUCUAGCUAAGUGAUUUCUGAUACAUUGAGAGUAAACAGCCUCCUCAGAAUGUACGCCUGUGUGAAGACACGGGCAGCUCUCUUGGUUUCUGACUCCCAGGAUACAACGCUUGGUAACUCACGAUUCACACAGAGGUUGCCUGGUUUCCAGGGGGAGCAAGACCUCUGCCAGCUAGUCGGCCAGGCCUGUGCUCUUUUUUUACAUAAAAACCAACAUGUGUUUCACAUUGGGCUAAGUGGAUUCCUUAUCCCUUUAUUAUAUCUAUUUUUUGCAACUUGGGUUUCCAGUUUACAGAAUAGUCUUAGGUAGUAGCAAAAGAGCCAAAGAAGAGAUUUGUAUUGCUGAGCUCAGAGCCACGCAGAGGCCGUCCGUGAACGCUGAGCAGCAGGAGAACACCCUGGUUCCCUUCCCUGCAGUGCUCCCUCCUCCCCAAGCACCACUGAGUGUGCGGCUGGAGCAGGAUACCCUCAUUCUUAGGAAUCUAGUGAUGCCUCUUGCCUCAGGGAAACGUUUCUUUGAUGGGGAGUUUAUGAGGUUUCUUUUCCUUGUUGAUGCUUUAUUUGUGGUAACGAAAGAGUGAAUGACUUAAAGAGCCACGGCAAGGCAGGUCUGUUGGCGGAGCGGGCUUAUGGGCCACGGCGCUGCAGGGCUUUCCUUGCCGGCGUUUCUUGGGUGUGAAAGGGCUGUGGCUUUCUCGCAGCGACUGUGUUGGUGUUGGGGGUGGUGUGGAAAUUGUUAAUCUUGUAUAAAACCACCCAAUAAAUUGUUUCAAGGUUUCCAAAACAUCGUUUCUCAUUUAUUUCCUUUUACCAUAUUUGCAAGUAAUUCUUUGUCCCUUAGGAGCUGGUAUGUAGGGAACGUUCAUCUUGGCUAAAAGCCAAGAGGGUGUUGGAGAAUAAGCCUCAUGCAGAAGAGGAAGAAACACACUUACCAUGAAAUUAGAAUCAAGCCACCAGGUGUUUAUUUUUGCACUAUAAAUAGAGUUCCCUAUUACUUCCCAUUUUCUUAC